CACCUGGCAGUGUACGGGCGCAACCUGACGAUCCUGCGACACCUCAUCGAGCGGGGCGCCAAUCUGCAUGCCCAGAACUGCGUCGGAAUGGGCAUCGGCCACUACGCUAUCGACACGGACGAUCUGGCGAUGGUAAAGUACGUACUCGGGCAGGGCAUUAGUCUGGAGACGCGCGAUCGGUGGUGCCACUGGACGCUGAUCUUUCGGGCGCUGUACAUGGGCGCAUCGGUGGAUAUCGUGCGUCACCUGCUGGAGCGCAAAUGCCGGUUGAAGGUGAAGGAUCGGUUGCGGCUCACGCCGCUCUACUACGCUAACAUGCUGGGCCAGGAGGAGAUCAUUCGAUUGCUGCGCCGUCGGUUGAAGAUUUAACGGAGAACAAGGCCAGCUUUCAAAGACAUUCGCAGACUGAUGAGUAACGUACUCCGCAAUUAUAUAAGCCAAGAACUGAAGACGAUUCAUCGCUUUUCAACAAUCCGCUGGAAAGUUUGAUGUUCGGCACUACCAGAUACCCGAGGGCAUUAACAAAAAGUACUUUUUUCAAUAUUGAAACUAUUCGAGAGACUGAUUGAGUCCCAUAUUCUGUCUGUUGCUAACGCGAUGGAUUGAAGCUAGGAUCACUACUAGGGUCCCUACUAGGGUGUGGUUGUAGUUAUAUAGUUUAGUUUAAUACCAAAAGCCAGUUCCAACGACC